UUUCUCCUAUUUCGGUUGAGUAGUAGUAUAUAAGGUGGAAGCCAUUGAGUUGGUGCUCACUGCAGGACCCAGUUUCAUUGUGAAUCCAGACCCUAAAGACAACUGAGGCUAAUCAUGGCAUUCGCUGGUAUUCUGUCUGAUGCUGACGUCGCUGCAGCCCUGCAGGCCUGUCAAGCUGCUGACUCCUUCAACUACAAGACCUUCUUCGCCAAGGUCGGCCUGGCCGCAAAGACACCUGAGGACAUCAAGAAGGCCUUCUUCAUCAUUGACCAGGACAAGAGCGGCUUCAUUGAGGAGGAGGAGCUUAAACUGUUCCUGCAGAACUUCUCUGCUGGCGCCAGGGCGCUCACUGAUGCAGAGACAAAGGCCUUCUUGAAAGCUGGAGACGCUGAUGGUGAUGGCAUGAUUGGAGUUGAUGAGUUUGCCGCCUUGGUCAAAGCAUAAAUGGCACCUGACGAACAUCUUGCUGACAACCAGAGAUUGCCUGAGAUCGCCACUUUUUUUAUCUUGGUGGCUGAUUUUUAUACACAAUUCUGUCUGUCCACUACCAUGCUGCACUCUGUCAACUGGCUGUCAACGCCACAAGGUCUUUCGCAUGAUAGAUAUGUUGUUCCUGUUGGUUCCUGUAAAAUCUUUUGGGAAAAAGGUUCAAAUUGGGAAAGGACAAUGAGAAAAUAAAUACUAUUUUUCAAUUUUGA